AUUAUCUGAUAUUUUAAAAACACCCAAGUUGCACCUAUAAUUUAUCAACUCAUGUUCAAUAUUCCUUCAAGAAGAAGACAAACUUACAUGUGAAAACAACCAAUAUGAUUCUUGCUCUUCCCUGCCUUUGAAUCCCCAAAAAACAGGAUAAAACAACUUGGUAUCUUCUUCUUCUGAACCAACCAGUGGAGCUCGAGGCUGUUUUUGCAAUUUAUUAUCUAUUAUGGAGGAACCAAGAUUAGUACAGGAAGCAACAACAAAUGACAUCAAUGGACAACUCAAUGAAGAAGAAAGAGAUCCAGAGAGCAAUUCAAUGCGACAGCCUCUCCUCAAGAGAAACAGGACACUGUCAUCCAGUCCAUUUGCCUUGGUUGGAGCUAAGGUCUCACAUAUCGAAAGUUUAGACUAUGAGAUCAACGAGAAUGAUCUCUUCAAGCAUGAUUGGAGAAGGAGAUCCAGAGUUCAAGUAUUACAGUAUGUCUUCUUGAAAUGGUCACUGGCAUUUUUGGUUGGGCUUCUUACAGGAGUUACAGCAACACUUAUCAAUCUUGCAAUUGAAAAUAUUGCUGGCUACAAACUUCGUGCUGUAGUGGACUAUAUAGAUAACAGAAGGUACCUUAUGGGAUUUGCAUAUUUUGCGGGUGCUAAUUUUGUGCUCACUCUGAUAGCCGCCCUUCUCUGCGUGUGCUUCGCGCCUACUGCUGCAGGGCCUGGAAUUCCUGAAAUCAAAGCCUAUCUCAACGGGGUAGAUACUCCCAACAUGUUUGGGGCAACCACACUUUUUGUCAAGAUCAUUGGAAGCAUAGCAGCAGUUUCUGCAAGCUUAGACCUUGGAAAAGAAGGGCCAUUGGUUCACAUUGGCGCUUGCUUUGCUUCCUUACUAGGUCAAGGUGGUCCUGAUAAUUACCGACUCAAAUGGCGUUGGCUCCGUUACUUCAACAAUGAUCGGGACAGGCGAGAUCUCAUCACGUCUGGGUCAUCAUCAGGUGUGUGUGCUGCUUUCCGUUCUCCAGUAGGUGGUGUCCUAUUUGCUUUAGAGGAAGUGGCAACAUGGUGGAGAAGUGCACUUCUCUGGAGAACUUUCUUCAGCACAGCAGUUGUGGUGGUGAUACUGAGGGCCUUCAUAGAAUACUGCAAAUCUGGCAACUGUGGACUUUUUGGAAGAGGAGGGCUUAUCAUGUUUGAUGUGAGUGGUGUCAGUGUUACGUACCAUCCUGUGGACAUCAUCCCUAUUGCACUGAUUGGAAUCAUAGGUGGACUUUUGGGUAGCCUUUACAAUCAUGUCCUCCACAAAGUUCUCAGACUCUACAAUCUCAUCAAUGAGAAGGGAAAACUACAUAAGCUUCUUCUCGCUCUGAGCGUCUCCCUUUUCACCUCCAUUGGCAUGUAUGGACUUCCUUUUUUGGCCAAAUGCAAGCCUUGUGAUCCAUCAAUUCAAAGGUCCUGUCCUGGCACUGGAGGGACAGGAAACUUCAAGCAAUUCAACUGUCCAAACGGCUAUUACAAUGAUCUCGCUACUCUUCUGCUUACAACCAAUGAUGAUGCAGUACGAAAUAUUUUUUCCAUAAACACUCCCGGUGAAUUCCAAGUUUCAUCUCUUAUUAUCUACUUUGUACUGUAUUGCAUCUUGGGACUCGUCACUUUUGGGAUUGCUGUGCCAUCUGGUCUCUUCCUUCCAAUCAUCCUCAUGGGUUCAGCUUAUGGUCGCUUGCUUGCCAUUGCCAUGGGAUCGUAUACAAAAAUUGAUCCAGGGUUGUAUGCCGUUCUAGGAGCAGCUUCCCUUAUGGCUGGUUCAAUGAGAAUGACUGUUUCUCUUUGCGUCAUAUUUCUUGAGCUAACAAACAAUCUUCUCCUUCUGCCAAUAACAAUGCUUGUUCUUCUUAUUUCCAAGAGUGUAGGAGACUGCUUCAAUCUAAGUAUUUAUGAAAUAAUAUUGGAGCUGAAAGGUCUACCUUUCUUGGAUGCCAACCCUGAUCCAUGGAUGAGAAAUAUCACUGUUGGUGAACUUGCUGAUGUAAAGCCACCAGUAGUUACACUUCGUGGAAUUGAGAAGGUGGGACGUAUCGUGGAGGUCCUGAAGAACACCACACAUAACGGAUUCCCUGUAGUAGAUGAAGGGGUGGUACCACCAGUGGGGCUGCCAAUUGGGGCAACUGAAUUGCACGGUAUUGUCCUAAGAACUCACCUACUUCUGGUUCUCAAGAAAAAGUUGUUCCUUCAUGAAAGAAGGAGGACAGAGGAGUGGGAAGUGAGAGAGAAAUUCUCCUGGAUUGAUCUAGCUGAGAGGUGGGGUAAGAUUGAAGAUGUGGCAGUUACAAAGAGUGAAAUGGAGAUGUAUGUUGACUUGCAUCCCUUGACCAACACAACCCCCUAUACUGUGGUAGAAAGCAUGUCAGUGGCGAAGGCAAUGGUGCUUUUCAGGCAAGUGGGACUCCGCCACAUGCUCAUUGUACCCAAAUAUCAAGCAGCAGGGGUAUCUCCAGUGGUGGGUAUCUUAACCAGGCAAGACUUGAGAGCUCACAACAUUUUGAGUGUCUUCCCUCAUCUGGUGAAGUCAAAAAGUGGCAAAAAGCACUGAAUCUCUCCAGAGAAAACAGAUACCAGUCAAUUUCUGUGAAAUAUUCUUUUCCAGAUUCCUUUGAUCUAUCCUUCUCUAUUUUUCUUUCACUUUUAGCAGUUUCCAUUCUUUCACAUAAUUUAUAGGAAGAGACACCUGAAGAGAGUGAGAGCAAUAUUAUUAUGAAUUAUUUGACACACAUAAGAAAUCAUUUAUAUAUACAUCAUU